AGAAAAUUAAGGACAUGAACUUCUUCUUUUUUUCACCAAUUUCCCCCCUACCAUCUAAAUCCUCAACAUUUCAUCCAAUUUGCCGUUAAAUAUGAUGGCAUAUUGGUCAUUUCAAACAUUGAAAAUAAUAAAUACAUAAAUUAAAAAUAAAAUAAAAUAAAAUUUGAAAUAAUAAUGAUAUAUUCUCCCUCUAUUUGACAACUACCAACAUCACCACCCUGAUCUCUUUCCCCCUUCUUCUCUUCAACAUCCACCAACAUCACCAUCCUCCACCCUCUGUCUCUUCUCCCCCAUGUGUCCACCCCCUCCUCCUUCUCUCUCCCACACUCUCUUUUUGAGUAUCUCUCCCCCUGCCAAAGUUUCAGAGAGGAAAACAAAAUUUAAUAAUAAACAUCUUGAGAUUUUUUGGGUGGCUGUUUCGGAUUUUGAUCUUUCUUUGGUGGCUAUUUGGCUGUUUGGGUUUCUUGGGUAGUAAGGUGAGGUUAAUAAUAAAGAUCUUGAAAUUUUUUGGGUGGCUAUUUAGGGUUUUGAUCUUGAAUAAAUUUUUUUUGGGUGGCUGUUUGGGUUUUCUGGGAGGUGAGGUUGUGGAUGUCGAAGAAAGAGGGAGACAGAAGGAGGAGGGGGCAGGUGAAGGGUGGGCGGUGCUGAUGUCUGUGAAGAGAGAGAAGGGGGAAGAGAGAAGAGAGAGAGAGAGAGAGACACUUUGUAGAGAACAAAAGGAAGAAAAACAAAAAAGUAGAUCAAAACCUUAAAGCCUAAGGGAAUAGGGCGACGAGAGAGAGAGAGAGAGAAGGACACGGGAGGAGGUGAGUCGGGGGUGGGGCUGGUUGGCCUCGGAAGAAGCAUCGGGCAGAGGGGGAGGGGAAGAAAAAAAACCAGAGGGGAGGAGGAGAAAAAACCCAGAGGGGAGGGGGAAGAAAAAAAACUGAGGAGAUACGGUUUUUAUUUUGUUUUAUCUUUUUUCUUCUUUUUUUUCCAAAUUGUUUUAUAAUGAUUUAACAGAAAAUUGGAUGAAAUGUUGAGAUGUAGAUGGCAGUGGAGAAAUUGGUGAAAAAAAAGAAGUUCAUAUCCUUAAUUUUCUGAAGGAAAAAAAAAAGGACAGGGAGUUAAUCAAAAGUUAGGUAUAAGUUCAGGGGAUAAAUUACUAGUACACCUUCACAAUUAUGUCUAAUACAUCACAUCGUGCCACUUGCCUCAAUGAAUUUAAGUGAGUGAUGAGGCAGUGGGAAGUAAUUAAGCUCUAUAUUGGUGGGUGGAGUAUUACUUCAUUCGUCCGUACAGGGGAACAAUUCCCUUCCCUCUAUAAAAUGGUGAAGCCAGUUGCUAUUGUUACCAUAAGAGCCAGCUCCGACUUUCUUUAAUUUCUUGCUUCAUAUCCACUAGCUACAUCUGUUGCCAAGUUAAUUUCAGUCCUAAUGGGGUUUCAUCUCCAACUCAUCUUUGCUCUUCUCAGUCUAGCAGCGGUGGCACUGGCAAACCAUGCUGCUCAACCAGCACCUCAACUUUACUGGAACUCCGUCCUGCCAAACACACAGAUGCCAAGAGCUAUCAGUGAACUUCUGCAUCCUGACUCCACAAAUGAAGAAAAGAGCACAAAUAUCAUGAAUGCUGUUGGGAAUGGAAAGCCAACUGACCACAAGGGCAAACCUGAAAAUAUCCCAUUGGCACUUAUAUUUUAUAACAAGAGAUAUGAUCAUCCCACUGACAAUCAACUCCAUUAUAAAAACGUAGCUAUUUUCUUCUUGGAGAAGGACAUGCGCCCUGGAGCAACAACGAACUUCCAAUUCCCUAGAAAUUCAAACACGGCUGCUUUCCUAUCACGCGAAAGUGCCCAAUCGAUCCCCUUCUCCUCUAACAAACUAUCAGAAAUUUUCAACCAUUUUUCAGUGAAACCAACAUCUGUGGAAGCCAAAACAAUUAAGCAAACAAUCGAAGAGUGUGAAGCUCCAGGCGUUAAGGGAGAGGAAAAAUAUUGCGCCACAUCUUUAGAAUCAAUGGUUGAUUUUAGCACUUCGAAGCUUAGAACAAGAAACGUUCAAGCAAUCUCGACGGAGGUAUUGGAAAAAGGAGCCACCAUGUCCAUGCACAAGUAUACAACAAUGCCGGGACUGAAGAAGCUGGCAGGUGACAAAGUCGUUGUGUGUCAUAAGCAGAACUAUCCCUAUGCUGUGUUUUACUGCCAUGCAAUAAAACCAAUAGCAGCUUAUGUUCUCUCCCUGAAAGGCGAUGAUGGGGUGAAGGUUAAAGCAGUAGCCAUCUGCCAUCUAGACACAUCAGAAUGGAACCCAAUGCAUUUGGCCUUCCAAAUCCUCAAAGUUAAGCCCGGAAAAAUUCCUAUCUGCCAUUUCCUUCCCACUGAUCAUAUUGUCUGGGUUCCGAACCACAAAUCUGCAUGAUCAUCACUUAGCAAUGUACGUAUAAUAAGCUUGCACCCCUGUAUAAUUACCUCCCUACUUAUUUCUGCCUCUUCAUGUGGUGUAAGAUAUAUGAUGAGAUGAAGUUUUUGGGAUUAAUGGUCGGGUUGCCUAAAAAACGCAGAUUACAGAAACUGCUUGAAAUUAACCCGAUCAUGUUUUCUCUUGUAACUAUAUAGACUUCAACUUGUACUCAUAAAGCAUGCUAUAUUUAUGAAGAGAUAUUAAUCUAUAUAUAUAUAUAUAUGCUUUGGCUUUGUACUC